AUGGGAAUGAAUGCUGAUAUCGAAGAGAAGAUUAUCGCGGAUCCUCAAGCCGUUGACAAUCUUCAAAAUGAUAGCGAACAAUCGUGCGAUCUCUCGGACUCUUCAUCUGCGGAGAAACCCUCAGAAGAGCCGCCCUUUGACACAGGACUAACUACCUGGUUGCAAGUGUUUGGCUCCUUCUUCCUGUUCUUCAACUCUUGGGGUGUCAUCAACACGUGGGGCGCUUUCCAAACAUACUACGAGCAGACUUUCCUGUCUGGCAUGUCAUCAGACUCUAUUGCAUGGAUUGGGUCAUUGCAGUCAUUCCUUCUCAUGCUUUUCGGAGUGGUAACUGGUCCCUUGUUCGACGCAGGCUAUUUCCGUGGUCUUAUCACCUUUGGAACCUUUGGACUGCCGUUUGGCCUAAUGAUGACUAGUAUCUCCUCUCAGUUCUGGCACCUAAUUCUCGCCCAGGGGGUUGUUAUUGGUCUCUCGGCCGGCUGUCUGUUCGUUCCCUCUGUUGCAAUCCUGCCCCAGUACUUCAGGAAGCGAAGAGGUCUAGCCAAUGGAUUGGCUGCAUCAGGAAGUAGCAUUGGUGGUGUAGUCUACCCGAUUAUGUUCAACCAGCUACAGCAGAAGGUCGGGUUCGCAUGGGCAACUCGUGCAGUAGGAUUCCUUUGUUUCGGGACUUGCUGUAUUUCCUGUUGCAUCAUGCGAAUGCGCUUCCAACCGCAAGAGAAGCGUAAACUACUUCAGCUCUCCGCGUACAAGGAACCGCAAUUCGUCAUGUUUUCCGUCGCUAUGUUCAUGGGUUUCUUAGGUUUUUACAACUUCUUGUUCUACGUCCAGUCCUACGCAAUCCAAACCGGGAUUGUCGAUUCCAACCUAGGUUUCUACCUUCUUGCGAUGCUGAACGCCGGGUCCACCUUUGGGCGAAUCUUUCCUAAUUUUGUCGCCGAUCAUACUGGCCCUUUGAACAUGCUCGCUCCCGCCGCUACCGCCACCGCAAUUCUCGCCUUCGCUUGGAUUGGCGUGCACAAUGUCCCUGGCAUCAUUAUCUUGGCCAUUCUCUAUGGUCUCACCUCUGGAGGGUUUGUUUCGCUGCCCCCAGUGGUCAUGGCCAGCAUGACUAAAGACAUCCGCAACCUGGGAACACGCUUGGGAAUGGUCUUCUCGACCACGUCAAUUGGACUGUUAAUCGGAACGCCCAUUGGCGGUGCAAUCCUGGAUAGCACCCACAGUUAUCUUGGUGUUCAACUUUUCACUGCUUGCUGUCUCAUCACAGCUGCCUCCAUUUUUGCCGCACUGAGACUGUCUCGUACCGGAUUCGAACUUUCUGUCAAGGCCUGA